AUGUCGUCGUCCUCCGAAUCCCGUGGGUGCGGGGCUUCGUUGAUUCAAGGAAUCAAGAAGGCGGCGAAGCCCAUCUUCUCGCAGACCCGCCAGCUGGAGGAGCGCAAGCGCAGAGGCCUCCACCCCGUGUGCGAGUUGAGCCGCUUCCACCUCCUCGUGUGCUGCUACUUCUGCAGUGUGUGCGUGUCCCUGACGUACGCAUUCGAUCUCUUCACGACGCAGUUCCGAAGUCAGUUCAACUUGUCCUCGAGUGAUUUGACGACCAUCAGCACGGUCGGAUUGGUCUUCUGCUACUUUACGAUUCCGUACAGCUUCAUCUUUGAGAAUUUGGGCCCUUUUCUUACCUUCUGGAUGUGCGCCAUCGCCGCAACGAUCGGCGGUGUCGGUCUCGUAGCUGUGUUCAACGGCCACAUCGCCGGCAACACCGCCACCAUCACCGUCUUCUACGCCUUUCUGAAUGCGGCGAGCGGCCUGAUCGACACGAGCUACGUGUCAACGCUCUUCGAGGUCUUCCCGCGUAACCGUGGUCCGGUGGUGUGCCUGGCGAAGGUGAUGACGGGUCUGGGCAGCUCCGUACUGGCGGCGCUGAGCGACACCGUCUUCGAGAAUACCAUCACGGGGUUCAUCUACUUCAUCAUGGCGUUGUGCAUCGCGGUGAGCAUCUGGGCCAGCUUCGUCAUGGUUCUGCCGCCGUAUCUGGUGAACUGGUGGCGUCGCCAAGGCAAGACGAAGGCGCAGAUCGCAGCCCUGCAGUCCACCGUGGUGUACUACGACAGUAAGUUCGUGCCGCUGCCGCGCCUGAUCAUCGGCUACACUGUCGUGAUCAGCCUACUGGUCUUCUUCACGGUAGAGGCACCUGUGCUCGCCUACAUGAACAACGUUUCGCACGGCGCGAAGAUGGCAAUUGGCGCCGUGACAAUCGUGCUGACGCUGAGCAUCUUUCUGAUGCUGCUGCCUCUGCGCUGCCUCGGCGGCAUGAACGACCCGGCACCGGAGCUUGAAAUGCUCGAAGACUCGGACUCCGUGUCGCGUCGCCGCUCGGCGGAGGCGGGUGAGGUCAACAAGGGCUACAACGAAGAGAUGGGCGUGAUUGAGAUGCGCACGAGUAACAACGACGAGAGCUCGCCGCAGGCCGGCAGCGGGGAGCCCUUCAUGGGCGUGCACCCGGAGCACAACAGCUCGAGCGAGUCGGUAGAGGCCGUCGAGGAGGACUACACGUACCAGGACCCGCGCUACAAGGGCACCAUUUGGGACUACCUCAAAUCGCUCGACCUGUGGCUCAUCAUACUCCUCUUUGUGUGCUACGGCUGCAUGGGUAUCCUCGUCAUGUACAACUCCUCCACUAUUUCUGUUGCCCUGACCGGCAAGCAGCGCAGCGGGCAGCUCUCCGCGCUUUACACCGCCUUCCUCGGCGUCGGCAGCAGCGUGGGCCGCAUUGGCUUUGGCCUGUUCGAGGCCUACGUCCAGCACCAGGACCCCGAGAACCGCCGAUUCCUUGUCACGAUGGCGCUGCCCUUUUCCCCGCUGCUCUCCUUCCUGGGCGGUCUCUUCUUGCUGGUGCUGCCCGGUGAGGCCGUGCUGUUCCCCUUCAUUCUCGUGUACCUCGAGGAGGGCGUCUUCGCCGGCGUCAAUGCCCUUAUCUUCCCUUGCCUCUUCGAGAGCAACCACAACUUCCUGUACAACAUCAGCUUCCUGGUGCAGAUGUGCACCAUCAUCUCCUUCAACCUCGGCAUGUUCGGCCGCUCGAUCAACAAGGAGCAGCGGCGCCUCGGCAUCCCGCUCGAUCAAGACUGCACGGUGAAGUCAUGCGUGCGUACCCCGCUGAUUGUAGGCACCGUGCUGGGGUUCUGUGGCAUCUUCGUGGCCUUAGCCAUUCACUUCCGCUACGCCGCGUUUGUGCACCGCGAGCGCGCGCGUGUGAAGAAGGCCCGGAUGGAGGCGGAGGCCGCCGUGUCCGCCAAGCCUGAAGAGUGCCUGGAGUAG